GGAGCGAGCGUACUUGAGGCUGCGUCGUCGCACGCGCGCGCCAGUCCACGGAACGCUCGUAUUUAAAUUCCGUCUGCGGGACAGAGGCUGCCAAGGCUCUGAUACACUCCCGUGGCUGCCGCGCUGAAUCCACAAUCGCUCUCCGCGUCUCUCUCCGUCCGUGCUGAGGCCAGCGAAAAAAUAAAAAGCUCACACAAGCGUCCGAGAGCCGCCUCCUGCGAGCCAAACGGCUUUCGUUCCGUCCGGGGGACGGCCCUCUCCUCCGAUUAGUCCACCGGGAAGCGGCGGGCGGUGGACAGACAGGGGAGUCGUCGUUGACGCGAUUCUUCUUGAAGCGGAAGAAGAAAAAAACAACGGACUCGACCGUCCCUGCCGUUAAUUUGCACCGAAGCAAAGCGUAAACAUUUGGCCCUCCCGAUAAACAUUUAACGUCUCCUGGCGCCGAACCAAAAUGUGUUUUUGAUCUACUUCAGCUGCAGAGCCUCUCACUUGAUUCCUGGCUCCCGAGGCGACAAGGAGUACAAGCGGCAGGGACAGGAGCGACAGCACGGGAGACGAGAUUUGUACGAUUGCUUUUUUUUUACAAGCGGUCUUUUGCCCUUAGAGGGAGUUUGGCAACAAAAUCGUUAGAACUGUGUCUAGAAACAAGGACGUCUUCUCCCGCCAAGGCCAAGAAUAAACAAAAAAAACCGCUUCUCCAAAAACAAGCCUCAAAGGACAAGCGUGGUGGACACACCGGGGCGGAUCAAUGUCGCGGACUUAAAUGUUCGGCAGAGCCGAGCGCCGCGAGCAGACGCGCGUGGAGGCAGCGUGGACUCACAGGUAACAAUGAGAUCAGGAAGCGGUAACAACCAGAGCCGAAGCAACAGCGCGGAACGGGAGAACGGGUGCGGCGAGCUGCCGGGCUCGGGGCCAGGAGGAGGAGGAGUGGACGCUCGCGACAACGCAGCGCCGGCUCCCCGAGACCACCGCGCCGGGACCAUGAGCGGCCGCGAGAAGGCGGCGGCGGUGCCGGAGGGGACUCCGGGGCCAGCCAAGCAGCGGCACGCACGCAAGGGGGGCGAGCUGAGCAAGAAGGACCUCCUGUGCCUGCUCAGCAUCUUGGAGGGGGAGCUGCAGGCGCGGGACGAGGUGAUCGCCGUGCUGAGCGGACGCGGCGUGAGCGGCCGUCAGCUGGAGGCGCGCUACGGCACCCACGAGCCGGCGGCGGCGCUCUCCGCCCUGCACCUGGCCGCCACGCAGGCCCACGAUGCGGGGCCAGCGACGACUGUCUACGAGAAGGCCUCCGCCGGGCUGGAGCGCAUGGUGGUGCGGCAGAAGGAGACACACCGGCGCAUGCUGGAGCAGCUGCUGGUGGCCGAGCGGUGCCACCGACGCACGCUCUGCGAGCUGGAGGAGGAGCGCAGGAAGCACGACGACUACAUGGCCAAGAGCGACGACUUCACCAACCUCCUGGAGCAGGAGCGCGAGAGGCUGAAGCGAGUGCUGGAGCAGGAGCGCUCGUACCAGCAGCGCAAGGAGGCGGAGCACGCGGCCAGCGCCAAGAGGCUCGGCGAAGACGCGUCCAAGCUGCGCGCCCUCGCCCUGCUCCUCGCCGACGAGCAGCAGAGCUCCAACGAGGAGCUCCGCCAGAGGGAGCAAGAGGUGCGGGACCUGUCCCUGGAGCUGGCGCAAGCGCGAAGCCGCGUGCACGAGGCGGCGCGCACGCAGCAGGAGGAAAGCGGACGUGCGCAGCGCCUGGAGGCCGAGUUGGAGGAGCAGACCACGCGCUUCUACCAGGAGCACGAGGAGAUGACGGCCAAGCUUGCCAACGAGGAGGCCCACGGGCGGCAGCUGAGGCAGAGGAUGGCGGGGUUGGCGCAGCGCGUGGAGGAGCUGGAGGAGGCCAACCGGGGCCUGCAGAGGGCCGAGGAGGAGCUCAAGCGCGCCGAGGCCGAGAUCAACGAGCUGCGGCAAGCGCAGGGCAACCAGGACGGGAUGGCGGCCGAGCUGGAGACGCUGCGCAAGCGGCUCCUGGAGAUGGAGGGCAAGGACGAGGAGAUCCAGCGCGCCGAGGCGCACUCCAAGGAGCUGCGCGAGCGGCUGCAGGAGGAGGAGCGCCGCGGCGCGGAGCUGAAGGGCGAGGUGGGGCAGCUGCGGCAGCGGGUGGUGGAGAUGGAGAAGGGCGAGGAGGCCCUCGGCCGCAACAGGGUGGAGUGCGAGCAGCUGCGGUGCGAACUGGAAAAGGAGCAGAAGCUCUCGAAGGAGCUCGGCGGGCAGCUGGAGGCCCUCAAGUGCCGCAUGAGGGAGCUGGAGGCCAUGGAGGGCAGGCUGAGCAAGACGGAGCAGGCCAUGCGCGACGACCUGGCCAAGCUGAAGUCGUUCGCCAUCGUGCUGGCCGAUGAAAGGAAGACCACGGCCGAGAGGCUGAAGCAGGAGGAGCAGAAGCUCCAGGAGGUCACCAGGCGGAUGAAGGACGAGCAGAGCAAAGUGAACGAGGUCACAGAGAAGCUCAUCGACGAGAGUAAAAAGUCUCUGAAGAUGAAAGCGGAGCUGGAGGAGAAAAAUUCACUUUUAUCCAAAGAACGCGAUGAGCUCAAAAGCAAGCUGAAGGUGGAGGAGUCUCGAGCGAGUGAGCUCACGUCCAGGAUGAGCAAGCUGAAGGACAGGUUAGCGGACAUGGAUGACGAUGGGAACGAUCGCGUGGGGAUGAAGCCUUUGCUCUUCAAUGCCAGAUUAGCGAGGUGCGCGGACGACGACAGCAACAAGGUGAUGGAGCUGACGCAGGAGAUUGACAGGCUCAAGGCCCGCUUGAAGCAGCUCGAGGUGGUGGAGGAUGACCUCAUGAAAACGGAGGAUGAGUACGACGAGCUGAAACGGCGCUACCGGAGCGAGCAGGACAAAGCGCAGCUCCUGUUCCAGCAGCUGGAGGAGGCGAAGACGCAGAUCGCGCGGGGGAAGGCCGCCGAGAGAGGCGACCUGAGCAGUGCCGAGGAGCACGAAUUCAGGGCGAGGCUACGCCAGGAGGAGACCAAGUCCAGCCACCUGGCCAGCGAGGUGCAGGCGCUGAAGGAGAAGCUGCACGAGCUCAUGGCGGCGGAGGAUCACUUGGCGCAGUUUCAGGAUGACUUUGCGGCCGUGCAGAAGAGGCUCAUGCAGGAGGAGAGCAGGAACCACGAUUUCGCUGCUGAGGUCGAGAGCCUGACCAAAGAACUCGACCGAUUCAAGCGGUACGGGCGCGCGCUGCGACCGAGCUUAAACGGCAGGAAGCUUAUCGACGUCCCAGUGGCGACAGCCGCCGUGCAGACGGACGCCAGCUUGAUGGACACGAUGAACGGCGAGGAGGAUAACGUGUCCUCGUUCAUUCAGAAAACGAUGCAGGAGGAAAACCACAUCAUGAGCAAUCUUCGCCAGGAGAGGAAGAGCUUCGGCGACUGCCCAUCGCUGCACGGGCGUUUCACCUCGACUUCAAGCGACAUGAAUCAGCGCAAGUCCUUCAUUCCGUGGAUAAAGAAGAGGGAACUUAUUCAGCAAAACGGCGAGAACAAGCCACAGAUGAAUGGCCACGUGCCGCAGCACGGGGAGAUGGUGCUGUCCCACAAACAGGGUCAGCCCCUCCACAUCCGCGUCCGGCCCGACCACCAGCACAACACGGCCAUGCUGGAAAUAACGAGUCCCAGCACGGAGGACAUCUCCUACACCACUACUGCCACCAUCCCGACGUCCGGCUUGCAGAAACCAAGGAUCACCAUCCUGCCCAAUUCUGCAAUAAUCUCAUCGAGGGGCGGCCAAAGGCACAGCGUGGACAAGGCAACGGUGCUGGCGGCGCCGGAGCGAGCGUCGCCCGUGGUGAUCGCGACCAUCGCGCGCAACAGGUCGCCGGACAGCUCCGGCUCGUCCUCGCCCGAGCGGCCGUCCUCCCCCAUCCAGAUCGUGGCCAUGUCGGCGACCGCAGACCACCUUCUCUCGCCGGAGCCCGUGGAAAUCGUGGCGGGGAAGCCCACCAUCUUCCGCGUGUCUCCGGAGAAGCCCACGGCUACGCGGACGCCAUCGUUCAAAGCCCUCGGCUCGGGCAGCUCCAUCAUAACCACCGAGGACAACAAGAUCCACAUCCACCUGGGAUCCCCGUACCGGCGGCAGCACGGCUCGCCGGCCGAGGGCGGCCACCCCGGCGGGCCCUCCGGUGCGGCCAUCACGCUCGUGGCGACGGAAAAGAAGGAGAUGAUCGCCACGGGAACCAUCCUGCGCAGGCCCGGAGGUCACGGCAUGGCCAAAGGGUCACUGUCCGCCGCUGCCAGCAGCAAAGUGACCAGCAGCAUCACGAUCACGCCGUCCAGCGGAGGCAGCCAGCUCUCCAGAACCUCCCUGCCCUCGGACUCUCAGGCGCAUAGGCCCGGCGUCUCCACGCGCAUCCCCGUGCCGCGCAGCGUCCGAGCGGGAAAGAGCAUCGCGGCCGGCUCGGUGCCGGCGGGGUCCUCGGCGGGCGGGCGCCUGGAGGCCGGGCAGCCCGUGCGCAUCGAGCUCAAGAAGCCGAAUGUCUAUGGCGGCCUCGCCGGCUCUGCCGGCAAAAACUAGCGAGGGGGCCACCGUCGAUGCCGCUUGCUGAAGGCGGGGAUAAUGUUUGAAGACAGCGGGGGUGCCUAUGGUGAAAACGGCAAGAGGAAAAUCAAACACCACUGGAGUAACGUUCACACGCAACGUUCUCCAGACGACCGUCAGAACAGCUGCUGGGGCUGCGGGGGGCGGAUGGAGUGACCAAAUCCUGCUGUUUUCUUUUUUAUUAUUAUUAUUUUUCAUGUAAAAUAAAAAAAAAUCGUGAAUGUGUGGCCCAGGAGACGGCGGUCCGUAAUUAUGUUACAACAUUUCCUUCUCGUGUGGCUUACGGCCAGACCUGGCUAACUCAAUCAAAUAACGUCGCACCAAAGCCUGCAGAUCCUAAUGCAGCGUGACAUUGGAAGUACUGUUGUUUUUCAUUCUUCAUCAUUUUUUUUCUCUCCUUUGGAACAAUGUGUUAUAAUAUUGUACCAAGCAACAACUAGGUUUGUUUUAUCUUGGCUGCAGCAAAAAGUUUCGUUUUUUUUGUAAAAGUGCAGGGAGCUUUAUGUACACACUGAAUUUGCUGUGCUGUGUUCAUUGAACAAAAACGUGUAUUUUAUGUCCUGUGCCGAAUUUGCGUUACACAAUAUUCCGAAAAUAAAAGACCAGACAAUUGUAACAACAACAAAAACAUAAUCAGAUCACUAUUUGCAAGCCCUGCAUUGAGCACCGUGUUUUGCUUGUUUGAAUUUUAUCAACAAAAAUAAAACUUCCUUUACACAUUGCAGGUAUUCUGCUGCCGGUGGGGAUUGUCAAGUGUUCUUGUAAAUAAAUAAACUCCCAAAACUUUCCCCACGACGGUUACACUUCUACCACUGAAACGUACGCGUUUUAAAAUCAAUUCUUAACCCGUCAAACGCAUCCGUACACGUUGGACCGCAUUGUCAGAGCAACAGGAAAACAGAGUCAUUUUCAUUCCUUCCCGCUGUAAAAUUCACUUAUUUCCUGAGAAACUGACUUGGUCUCUUGGCACGUUGGCUCAGAGGCUCUAAAAUUGGGUAGAGUAUCUGCCACCAUGUGAUUUGUACUGAGAAGAGCUCCCGGUGCCAAUUCCCAGAAUGCUGUCACAGCCAAAAUAUUCAGGGACAAUGCACUGCUGAAAUUACAGAUGCCCCCCCCCCCUUUUGUAGAAUUAAUAAGUUAUAUACCGUAAAUAUACAGCACCUGAUUGCUAUAUGCACACACAUGCAUUGGCUGCCUUACCUUCUUAUGGUGCUAUGCAUUGACCUUUUUUUAGCUUUUAAAACACGAAUUGUCAAUCCCUCUGUAUGUAAAGGACGUCCUAUCUGUACUGCGUUGUUUUUUUUCGCGGUUGUGCUGUGUAGUUCUCUUACUUGUUUUUGGGGUUGUACCGCGAGCUGUUCGAUGUGACGUCCAACGUUUCACUCCACGUCUGGAACUGAAUUCAAAAGCUCCUAACACGUGGAGUGAAUCGUCGGACAUCGUGUCGAACAAUAUACCGGCCUACAACCAGAAAACACAUCAGAGAACUAUGUCCUCUCUGCAUCUGUGGGGGGAGGCUCCUGGAUUAAUUUAUGGUGUAAAUAUUCAAGCAUCGGAGGGUGUAGCCAAGUGCGGCCGUGCACACCUGUAACGCAGUUGCUCGGCGGCAGGGGUUAGCGGAUCGUCUAGCGAUGGGAGCACUGUGUCUGUACUAAUAUGUCUAUCACUGAUCACCUACUGGUGUGUCACAGGGGUGAUGAACAGGCUUUUACGGGAGGCAGAACAGCCACUACGGCCCAUGCAAGUGAGGAAGGCAAUCCCUACUGCUAGAAAGGCAAGAAGGGGAACAGAACGAUGAUUUUUUUUCCUGCCCUCUCAACAACACUCGAAUCUAUUUGCUUUUCACGCAGACAAUAAUUUAGCGAUGUUAAAACCGUUACCGCGCAAUAUCCAUUUGGUUAAACGUUGUAAUCCUACAAGACCAACAUGUACACAUUGCUCAUCACUUACGGUGCAAUAAAGUUUUUCCCCAUUUUUCUG